UGAGCCGCUGCUGCCGCUGGAACUGGGCGCCGGCACCACCAUGGGCUGCGGGGCGCUGCUGGGGUCCUUGGCGCUGUUGCUCCCGCUGCACCUGGUUCUGUCCGAGGAGCCGGUGAGUGUGGCUGGCAGUAAGUGCAACACCAUCUACAAAGGUUUUGCUGAGUGCCUCAUCAGCCUUGGGGACAGCAUGGCUCAAAGUGCACAGCAGGAGCAGCAGCCGGAUGACGAUAGCAUCCAGGAGCAGCAGGAGCUGGACAUCAUCUGCAAGUCCUGGGAUGACUUCCACACCUGUGCCACUCAGGUUCUGUCCAGGUGCCCCGAGGAGGCAGCGAAAAUCUGGGAGUCUCUUCGGCAGGAGUCCCGGAAGAUCCAGUUCCAAGGCAACCUUCACGACCUCUGCAGCUCACGAGCCCAGCUGGCCGGCAGCGGGAGGGCUUCGGAUAUGGAUGAGACCAACAAGGAGACCUUGCGGGGGGAAGCCUGGCUGCCUCGGCCCAGCUUUGUGGGCAGCCUGACUCUUGUGGCUCUCUUGGCUUUGGUGCCCUUUGCCUAGCCAGGGAGCAGUGGGAGGCCUCCCUCCCUCCUGUCCACCACAGUGCAGACCAGUGGCCCAGCACCGCUGCCUGCCAGGGAAACUGGGAUCAGGCCUGGCAGUCGGCAGCGGUGCUCAGCGUGUCCUGAUGACGGGGGCACAAGGCCCACUGGGUGGAAGAGGCAGGAUGCCAUGGCUUGCCUGCCUUGUGUCUUGCCCUGCUCAAAGAGGCUGGGUUGGGCUAAUGGUGCUCUUCCUGUCCCCGUGUGCCCUACUUUUGCCAGCCGGCACUUUGCGGCAGCUCUACUGCCCUGUCCUCCUGCCUACACUGCCCCUUGUGUCCGUCUCCAUUGCUCCCCAGCCUCAUGCUAGGAACAUAGGAAGCUGCCUUGUACUAUUGGUCCAUCUAGCUCAUUAUUGCCCACACUGACUGGCAGCAGCUCUCCGGGGUUUCAGCUAGGAAGUCUCCCUCAGCUCUCACUGGAGAUGCUGAGGAUGGAACCUGGGACCUUCUGCAUGCAAAGCAGAUGUUCGCCCUCUGAUGGAAUCUGGGUCCUUCCCCAUCCUGUACCACCCAAGAAACUUUGCCUAGGGGUAAUAUCUCAAAGCCACUGCCUCCCUGCUUCCUUAUUCCAGUAAGAAAGGCAUCAGUACAUCCAGCUGCUUACA